GUCGACGUCGCGCCUCAUGCAGGCAGAAGUGUUCCUGGCGCUGCAAAGAUGCCAGGGGACCGUCAGCUGCUGCCAUACAUGAGGCACGGUACGUAGGGAACCGGAGUGUCGUCCAUUCUGCUCUAACCCUGGGCCACCGAAGGACGUAUCCAGGGGGGCACGCCCGCUGCUGCACCUGUGAUGCCACCAUUCUUGCAGAACACGCGCCGUCCCGCUGUUGAACCUAGCAAUUGUGCGCACGCAAGGUCCCAUUAGAGAGCAGUCACAGCGUGCCUUCCGACAUGUCGAGUCGAAGCAGUAUAAGUACGCCAAAUGCAGUCUCUGCGCUGCUGUUGAGAGAGUUCCGGGCGCAUGGUAAGAAUGAGAGCCAGAUGCUUCGCAGCAUGCAUUGGCAGAGGCGGACAGGGGCUUGGAACUGCAAUUGGCCGCUCUUUUUGCCCAAACCACGGAGGCACGCCUCCUUUCAUCGCUUACGUGGGGAGGAGCUUUCAUGCAAAUCACAGCCUUUCCGGUGCCACAAGGCCUGCAAGCCCGUCAACACUUCCCUCAUUCAACUUACUGCCUGGCGCAGCCUUCGCGUCGACGUCUCGACUGCUCUGCUGACGCACCUGUUGCUAAGCGGCUGGACACGGGAAGGUGAAACUCUGCGGCGAGUUGGUGGGCUAUAUGAUGAAGAAAGUAUGGGCAGUGGACAGGACUUCGCGACAUGUCCCAGAGGACUGGUUCUGCGCUUGAGCCAUGCCUGGGAUCAGCCUGCUGGACCAUGCGCUCUAGCUGCCGCCUGCCCCAUACGCCUCGGUAAGGAGAUUUCGCGCUGCUUUGUCAGGCCCGCCAGUGGCCAGGACUGCCGCUGAAGUGACUGUUGCGGCCCCGAGCGGCUGGCAAUGCGCUGUCGAUGAGCAUGCAGCUUGCUUUUCGACCACGCUCCGAAGCUGGGAACCGAAAUGCGCGCACUACUCGUGCUGGCGGUUUCGACUUUGC